AUGUUCUCCAAGCAAAUCCUCAUCGCUGCGGCCUUCCUCGCCACUCUCUCCACGGCUGCUCCUGCCACCGGCAGUGCCAGCAGUGACACUACCGCCUUGAAGAUUGACGUUCCCGAGGGACUGAAGAUCCUCGAGCAGUACGAGACCAAAAGCGGAGGCACCGUAGUUUGGUUCGGCGACGAGAAUCCCGUCAACGCCACAAACACUGUUGUCCCUGACGAAGCAUCCACCCACGCCCUCAACCGCCGCUGCGGCUCCAACCGCGUCGCCUGCUACGGCGACCACCAGACCUUCAUGCCCACCUGUGAGGUCAUGACCUUGGACACCUCCGUCCUGCUGCGCGACACCCCCAUUCCCCCCCAGCCCUCGGUCCAUCUGCUUCUACCAGAGGGGCGCCACGUGCUGCGUCAGCUGGGCCGACAACGUGUCCGGGGCCGUUUACAGACACCUCAUCAACGGCGCGAAUGCGGUCAGGAAGGGGUGCCCGACUAG